AUGGACGCCAGGAAGGAGAUGGUGAUGUUCCUGGAAGGGGGUCCCCUUGCCCCCCUGGUGGGCAAGAGGGCAUCUGGCUUGGCAGAGGUGGUGGGCAGCCCCCGCCCAGAGCCCUCUCAGGACAGCAAGGGGCUUCACCGGAGGGGAUGCCUCAGCCCCCGAGCAGGACCCCUGUCCUCCCGAGAAAGAGGAGGAGGAAGAAUAGAAGAUGGAGAGGAAGAGGAGGAGGAAGAGGAAGACGACGAGGAGGAGGAGGUGGAAGUCCUGCCAGGGACAGGGACGGUCCCCGAGAGCCGCUCGGCGGCGGCAGCGCUGCUCCUCUCGGCUGGAGCGGAGCCUUCUCCCCUCCCGCCGCCCCCGCCGCCCCCCCUCCACCGCCUCUCGGCCAAAGGCCAGCAGAGCAGCUCCGACACCGAGUCCGACUUCUAUGAGGAGAUCGAGGUGAGCUGCACCCCGGACUGCGGCGCCGGCGGCGAGGAAUACCACCAACAUGGCAAAGGACAACGCUCAGAGAACUCGGCAGGGAGCCCCAGCAGCGGAGGAGAGCCCCCGAAAGGCAGUGGGGCCGGAGGCGGAGGCGGAGGAGGCUCGCAAGGCUCCCUGUCCUGCAGCGCCAGCGAUCAAAUGCGCCGCUACCGGACGGCCUUCACCCGGGAGCAGAUCGCCAGGCUGGAGAAGGAGUUCUACCGGGAGAAUUACGUCUCCAGGCCCCGGAGGUGCGAACUGGCGGCUGCCUUAAACCUACCAGAAACCACCAUCAAGGUGUGGUUCCAAAACCGUCGGAUGAAGGACAAGAGGCAGCGCUUGGCCAUGACCUGGCCCCAUCCCGCGGACCCGGCCUUCUACACUUACAUGAUGAGCCACGCGGCGGCCACCGGCAACCUGCCUUAUCCCUUCCCUUCCCACCUGCCUCUCCCCUACUACUCCCCGAUGGGGCUGGGGGCCGCCUCCGCUGCCGCUGCCGCCCCCUUCAGCUCCCCGUUAAGACCCCUGGACACCUUCCGCGUCCUCUCGCACCCGUAUCCGCGGCCCGAGCUGCUCUGCGCCUUCCGACACCCCUCGCUUUACGCGGCGCCGGCCCACGGAGGGGCGGCAGGGACCCCUUGCUCCUGCCUCGCUUGCCACGGGGGACCCAGCAACGGCCUGGCCCCCCGGCCCUCCGGAUCGGACUUCCCCUGCCCCGCCGCCGCCAGCGCCACCCCCAGGACGGACUCCUUCCUCACCUUCACCCCCUCCGUCCUCAGCAAGAGCUCCUCCGCUUCGGGGGCCCUGGAUCAGCGGGAAGAGGUCCCUUUGACCAGAUAA